AUGGAAAAACGCAUCGCGUUGAGAGAAUUACAGCGACACGCCUCCUUAGAGAGCUGCUGGGUUUCCUUGUACGGCCGGGUCUACGAUGUUUGUGUCUCCAGCGUUGCAUGCAGUUUGCGAGCUAACGAGGUGAAGAUCACUGGCUUUUUAGACAAACAUCCCGGUGGCUCGUCCAUCCUGUUAGGUCUCGCGGGACAAGAUGCGACAAAGGAGUAUGACUCGAUCCAUCCUCCAGGUAUCCUUGACGAAUACCUCUCAUCAUGUUGCCUCGGGGCACUCAGGAGUGGCUCUUUGACUUCAAGAGACAAGCAUCCCAAGUCAGAUUCAAGCGGAUCAGUCGUACAAGACUCCGUAUCCCAGGCACUCAACCUUCAUGAGAUUGAAGCUUUGGCAAGGAAAUUAUUGCCUCAUAGAUCUUGGGCGUACUAUGUCUCCGCAACAGACGACAAUCUAACCAAGGCCUGGAACAAUUCGGUCUAUCAAUCCAUUCUCCUACGGCCACGGGUCUUUGUCGACUGCAGUCAAUGUGACCUGAGCACGACGGUACUGGGCCAUCAACUUGGGCUACCGGUCUAUGUAUCUCCAGCGGCGAUGGCGCGAUUGGCUCAUCCUUCGGGCGAGGCUGGAAUUGCCAAUGCAUGUGCGAAGUUCGGUGCCCUGCAGAUCAUCUCGCACAACGCAUCGUUGGACCCUGUUGACAUAGUACGUGACUCUACAGAGAAUCAGGUCUUUGGCUGGCAGCUGUACUGUCUCAAGGACGUGCGAAAAAGUGAGCGAAGGAUCCAGAAAAUCAAUCAGAUCAAGCAGAUCAAGUUCAUCGUUCUGACGCUUGAUGCUCCUUUCCCUGGGAAGCGCGAGGUCGAGGUCCGGUCCAAGAUGGACUUUUCGCAGCCGAAUUUACCACCUCAGGUCUGGGGAACGGAUGCUUCGUUGACCUGGGAGAAGACUCUACGCUGGCUGCGCAAGCAUACCCAUCUUCCAAUUGUUCUUAAAGGCGUACAGACAUACGAAGACGCUAUUCUUGCCGCUCGGUACGCCCCAGAUGUCCGAGGAAUCAUCAUCUCCAAUCAUGGCGGACGAGCGCUAGACACUGCGUCGACGCCCAUACACACCUUACUCGAGAUCCAUCGUCAUUGUCCGGAGGUCUUCACGAAGUUGGAAGUCAUGGUAGACGGGGGCAUCAAGCGAGGGACGGACAUCGUCAAGGCCCUUGCGCUGGGUGCCAAAGCUGUCGGUAUCGGUCGAGCGCCGCUUUGGGGACUGGCCGCUGGUGGUCCGGCCGGUGUGGAGAGAGUACUCGAAGUUUUGUCCGAGGAAACAGCGACGGCAAUGCGAUUACUGGGAGUUUCGGAUGUAAGCCAGCUCUCCCAGCAGCACGUCAAUACGCGUGCUCUCGAGGCUGGGGGGUUCUGGAAAGCAAGGAACAGUGGUGGACGAAUUGAGUCGAAAAUGUAG